AUGUACUUGUGUUUUUCAGGCUACUCCAGUGUUGGAAGUGCCCUCAGUGGUCCAGGGAAGGUGAGUGGCCCGGAGUGGGGAUCAUUGACGGUGCAGUGUCAUUAUGAUUCUGGAUGGGAAAGCUACAGGAAGUGGUGGUGUCGAGGGGCUCACUGGAGCAGCUGUAAGAUCGUUAUCGUGACCAGUGGAUCAGAGGAUGAAGUGAAGAUAGACCAUCUGUCCAUCAGGGACAGUCACAAAGAUCUCAGAUUCACCGUGACCAUGGAAGACCUCAGGAAAGAUGACGCCGACACUUACUGGUGUGGGAUUGAGAGAAGUGGAACUGACCUUGGUGUCCAAGUGAAGGUGAUCAUCACCCCAGGGUACUCCACUACCAGAAAUCCAGUCACCAUUCCAGAAACAACAAGUGGCCCAGAACUGGACUCAUCGACCAUGCAGUGUAGUUAUGACCAAGAGUGGGAAACCUAUGGGAAGAGGUGGUGUCAAGGGGCUGACAUGGACAGAUGCAGGAUGGAGCUCAAGAGAGACAACGCUGACACUUGCUGGUGUCGGCUCAAGAUAAAUGGAAUUGAGUGUGCCGUUGAAGUGAAGGUGGACACUGACCCAAGGGAGCCUACUCUGCCCCGGUCCCGGGCGUCCCACGCGAGUGUACUAACUGUCCCUCAGUGGUCUCUGGGGCAGAGGACAGUGAGUCCUGAAGUCUUGCUAUGCUUUGUUGUGCUUGCCAUGGUUUGA